AUGGAUCUGGAUCGGGUGUCCAAGAAGCAGAUUGGGAUCGGCCGUAGAAUUGGAGAGCUCUAUGUGGCUAAGUAUGCUAACGAGGUUAUCCAUCGUGCCAGACUUACUGACACUAAGCUGUCUGAUACCCCCAUUGAACUUAAUGUAAAGUUCAACACUACUGAUGGGGUUCCUCUAGAUGAUCCUACGUUGUAUCGCGAGCUUGUGGGUUGCUUAGUCUAUCUGAUAGUUACUCGUUCUGAUCUUGCCUAUGCUGUCCAUGUGAUUAGUCAGUUUGUUUCUGCCCCUCGCUCUACACAUUGGGCUGCUUUGCUUCGGAUUCUUCGUUAUCUUCGCAGUACUAUCUUUCAGGGCUUGCUGUUCUCUUCUACUUCUUCCUUAGACUUGGUGGCUUAUGCUGAUGCUGAUUGGGCUGGUGAUGUUAAUGAUCGUAAAUCUACUUCUGGUUUCUGUAUAGUCGGUGGACCAUUUGUUUCUUCAUUGUUCGGUGGCUUCACGAUUGUGGGGUUUCGUUUGGUUACUCUUCGGGAUUGCUUGGGUUCAAUUGAAGAGGGUGUUGGAAUUACUUUGGGUUUGGCAGGGUGUUCGACUUGGGCGUCGGCCGGUGUGGUUGUUGGCGCCGUUUGGUUUGACGUGGCUUGUUUAGUUGGAGCGGAAUAG